AGGGGCGGGGGGCCAAGAAACACACACACAGCAAGGAACACAGCGAGAAGAAGAGCGAGGAGUGUGUUUUGAUUUCUUUUCUAUUUUUGCUGUUAUUAUCGACUGGUUUUGUCAAAAUGCAGGUUCCCACUGGAGAAAUGUCACAGUGGAUUUACUCUCUGAUCUUCACGUCCUUACAACUCUGGGGAACACUUCAUUCGUCUUCUUUUGCUACUCCCUCUCCUGCUCAUUCCCCACCUGUCCUCAACAUUCAUUCGAGGUCAGAGAACUCAGUGGUCUUCAUCUGUAAGGUCACACAGGGGAAUCCUGGGGUUCUGUUCAUGUUAUACAGAUUCAGGGAAAUGGUGGACUAUCAUGAACUCCAGUCUGGUGCGGAGGAGGUUCAAUUCACUGUUAGGAUAAAUGAAGAGAAUACUGAUAAACUUUUCUGCUGCCUCUACAAAGACCACCAGGGGCACUACAGUGCAUUCAGCCCAUACUUGCGGCUAAAACCCCACACAGAUCCUUCCCCCACUCUCUCGUUACCCCCUUUUCCACGGCCGUUCCUGUCUGUGGUGCCAUCCACUGGGGAGGUAAAACGUGGAGGAACGUUGUCCUUCAGCUGCUCUCUACCUUCUCCUACACCUGAGCAACAGUCAAGCGGGUCAAGCUUAGCCAACAAACCAGUGAGCUUCUUUUUACUGAGAAAAACUGAGCAAACAGAAGCAGCCUGGGUCGAACAGCUGCCCCGAGCUAGUCUCAUGUCCAGCCCUGACACCCAGACUGGAGUCUUCACUGUGGGCCCUGUGGAGAGAGGAGAUGAUGGGCAGUUUUCAUGCAUCUACCAGAUCUCCAACAAAGAGCAGUUGGUGAAUUCAACUGUGAGCAACAUCAUCCAAGUGACCAUCAGAGACAUGCUACCACUGCCCACUCUUGCCCUUGACCAGCGGGCAGACGUUCAGCAUUUGCUCUGCACAGGGUCUGCUGCUUACCCUGGUGCUGUUUUCUUCCUGUACCUGGCAGAGAGUGAACAUCCCAUCACCACGAUUCGUGCUAAAACUAGCCAUCAUCAAGUUACAUUCCAAAUUCCUGUCCAAGAAACUCCAGUGGCAUCGUACCAGUGUCAGUACAGCUUCAUGCUUGAAAGGAAGUGGAGCCAAUCAGAGCGCAGCAAAUCUCUCUCCAUCACCACUGGUCUUCAUCCUCCGACCACAGAUGUGCAGCACUUGGACUGGCCUCUCCUCGUGGGCUCUUUAUCUGCGGUGUUAUUGUUCCUCUGUUCUGUGGUUCUGGUGGUGGUCUUAACUCACAGGAAAGUGAAAUCAUCGGCCGAGAUGGAAAAAAAAAGGCAGGAGGCAAAGUUCUGGACACAGAUCCAUGCCAAAGAUCAUCCUGUUGACCUCACACUCAGAUGUUCAAGUUUUAACUCUCAGGAAUGGUCCAAUGGGGAAACAGAGAUGGCCUCCAGGUUUCCAACAUGGAACUCACAUUCCACAUUCACAACAGUGAACAGUUAAAGAUGAUUGUUGUUACUGUUCUCUGUCUUCUUGUCUUUGUUGAUUUCUCUUCCCCUUUAUUCGUGGCCAUGUGAUCAUAUUCAUGAAUGUGUUUCCUGAGCUAAUCAUGCUAACAUCAGCUGGAGUCACAGCGCUGCAAAGGAAAAGUUCCUGUUUCACUUGUAGCAGAACUGUGUGGGAAUGGAAUGUGAUGUAUGUUUAAUCAUCGAUGUAAAUAAACAAGUGCAUAUAAAGAUA